AUGGCUGAGGUGCUCAACUGGCUUUACCUGGGACAAGGGCCAGUAGCAGGGGGUGGAAUCUACCUGCUAACCCAGCAGAUCUCUUGCAGCUUUACACUACCUCUGCUGACCACCAAAAUACAGGUUCCUCCCAAAGGACACAAAGGACAGCCCUGUCACCUUUGGGAAUGCAUUCCUCUCGGAAGAAGUCAGAGAAAGGGACUGUCGUCUCAUUGCAGGCGCCCAAGUGGGACAAAAUCCCAGCAGCAAAAAGAUCCAGGCCCUUGGGCCCAAUCCCACCCCCGCGCCACUGCCUCGGAUUUUCCCUUUUCCGACCCAAUUCCUUCAUAUGACCAGGACAGCUCUUCCCCACCACCACUCACCACCACGCCCAGCGAGACCCCGCGCUUUGCAGCUCACCGCGUUCGGGCCGCUCCUUUACUGCCUUCCGGUCUCCCUGCAGCCCCGGAUCCACGCCUGGGCCAGGACUCAGAAUGGAGCCCUCCCGGAAAAGGCUUUGCUCAGGGCCUCAAAGGCUACACGAACCCUGCCAUCCUUGCUCUAAGGAGCCUUCCCCAGGGCUUGGCCGUGGGACCCUCGAGAUCCAGGAAACAGCACUUGGGGGUCUGGUGUGUCGGAGCACCCCUGCAGCCUGGACUGCACUGGGGACCUCUGGAAGAAGAGGCCGUCUUGGAGAAGGGCGAGGGAAUGAAGACAUCGCACGAGGAGGACUUCUCGUUAGCCCCGUGCGGAGCCAUAUGUACCUGGAAGCAGAGCUCAUCUUGGACCAGUCUGGUGCAGCCAGGUAGGCUGCAGAGUGAUGGAAAUGUGUCCUUGGUUUGGGUCAGUGAGAAGCUUCACCUGCGGGUGAGCCAAGCCGUGCUGCCCGGUGUUGAGUUGCUGCUGCGCCCACAGCCUCCCCAAAAAAGUCUAAAUGUCCUGCACCCCAAGCUAGAAGAAGUAGCAGCCAUAAUGGUGGCAGAAGAGUCUGCCCCACGGGAGGAAGCGGCCUCCCCUCAAGAGGAUUCAGCAGAGUCUUGCACAGAUCCUGGUCACGAGUCACCCCAGAGCAUCCAAGGAGAUAAUAAGCUGGUCUCUGAAUCUGUGGCCCAAACCGAAGAUCAACCUUUCAAGGGUAGCCAAGAUGACAGCAUGGAUAAACCGUGCCUACCACAGACAGCACCUGCCUCGCACCCAGCUGCCCAGCAGAGCCUAGAGAGUUUAUUACCUCCCGAGGGUGCCCAGCUGCAAACCUGCCCAGCCAAGACGUUAGAAGUCCCCAGCAGUCCCCUGGCUGCAGCACAGAUCUCAGAGCCCAGCACCCAGCUCCCUGACAUGUCUGUACUGCUCUGCAGCCCUCCAGACCCAGUAGGAAGCUCCUCAAAGCAGGGCCGACGAUACAGGUGUGGGGAGUGUGGCAAGGCAUUCCUGCAGCUAUGCCAUCUUAAGAAGCAUGAGUUUGUGCACACGGACCACAAGCCCUUUCUGUGCACCGAGUGUGGCAGAAGCUACAGCUCUGAGGAAAGCUUCAGAGCUCAUGUGCUGGGCCAUCGUGGUGUGCGGCCCUUCCCUUGCUCUCAGUGUGACAAGGCUUAUGGUACCCGCAGAGACCUCAGAGAGCAUCAGGUGGUCCAUUCAGGUGCUCGGCCCUUUGUGUGUGAGCAAUGUGGCAAGACCUUUGCCCACCGACCUUCCCUGCGGCUACACCGGAAGACCCACCAGGUGCCGGAUGCCCCUUCAUCAUGCCCGUGCCCAGUGUGUGGACGGCUCCUGGCCACCCAGGGUUCCCUUCGGAACCACAUGAGGCUGCACACUGGGGAGAAGCCCUACCUGUGCCCACACUGUGGUCGAGCAUUCCGCCAGCGGGGCAACCUCCAAGGACAUUUGCGGCUACACACAGGGGAGCGCCCCUACCAAUGCCCACAUUGUGCCAAUACUUACCCCCAGCUGCCUGAACUGCGACGCCAUCUUAUCUCCCACACUGGCGAGUCCUACCUGUGCCCCGUGUGUGGGAAGGCCCUGCGAGACCCACAUACACUCCGUGCUCAUGAACGCCUACACUCGGGGGAGAGGCCCUUUCGCUGCCCCCAGUGUGGCCGAGCUUACACACUGGCCACCAAGUUGCGCCGCCACCUCAAGUCCCACAUGACAGACAAGCCGUACCGAUGCCCCAUCUGUGGUAUGGGCUAUGCUCUCCCUCAAAGCCUCAAGCGACAUCAGCUCAGUCACCAGUGUGGGGUUUCGUCCAGCCCUUCUCUGACUCCUGCUGCCUCUGAGCCCACUAUGGUGCUCCUACAGAGAGAGCCGGAACUGCUGGACACUUGUAGCCAACAGGAAGCCCCGCGGGGUGAGGGCAUUGUGGAGGUCACCAUCUCUGAAAGCCAGGAAAAGUGCUUUAUAGUACCGGAGGAGCCGGCCCCCAGCCCCAGCCUGGUGCUCAUCCGCAAGGACAUGGGCUUUAGCGGCUGGACCGAAGUGGUAGAGGUAGAGGCACGCACCUGACACCGUCAUCACCCCUUUUACCCCCUACGAGAGCUCUCUGUGAGGACUUGUAGCAGUGUUUGUGUCAUUCCCUUCGGGUCUCCUGAGAGCGGCAGGAACCCAGCUGGCUGACGUCUUAGGAUUGGAUAGACUCAGCUGCUGAUCCACCCACCGCAUGCCCUCUGUAGUUCAGGUUUUAGUUCAGUCAGCUGCUUUCACAUCUGAAGGUUGUGAAAGCUAAAGGAGACACUGCGGGGAGAUGGGUGGGGUGGGACUUGUGCACUCCAUAAGCUCGGCCGCGGAAGCUAUGAGGGGUCAACACGAUUUGCCUGUGCACUCUGCGAGCCUAGACAACGUGAGAUGUUGGGGACAAACCAAACAGGCUCAUGGCGACACAC